AAGUGAGAAAGCGAGUUGAGGGACGAGCUGUGGUUCAUCGAGUUCGGCCGCGGAGCGGCGUUGCCGUUGACGCCGGAGGAGGCGCCGGCGGACGGGGAGCCGAUGGUGCCCUGCGCCCAAGGCCGCGUGAUCGUGGAAACCGCGAGGCCGGCGCCGCCGUACUUCGCGACGUGCACCAGGUACCGUAGAGCGUUGACCAGCACGCCGAUCGAGAUCGCGGACGUGACGUCGUCGAGCGUCGUCAAGCACAUGGAUCAGCCGUCGUUGUCUUUGGGCGGCAAGGGUGCCAUCGGCAAGACCGUGCCGUUGCAAAGCUCGGCGGCGAGGCCGGAAGACCUCGACGUGACGUCCUGGUUCCUGGAGGACUAUCCGACGAUCGACACCUCGCCGGGGCCUACGGGCGAUCACGGCUCGUAUCCCUCUUGCCUGUACGCGGACGUCGAGCCCAGCAACAGUAAGCAGGACAUGACCUCGACGAGGAACAGCAGCAUGGAGAGCGAGCUGCCGCGGUCCUCGUUGACGAACGCCGCGCCCAGGAAGGCCUACAUGGACCUGCAGGAGGCGAUCGCGUUGCUGGACGAGACCUGUCCCAACCAGGAGCUCAGUCCGUCCCUCACACCGAGAACCCCGUUGACCCCGCAUCCGAGGAACAAGCGAGCACGCUCGAAGAGCAGCGACAACUCCUCCAAUUACAGCAACGACCGUCUCAGCGACCGUUCGUUCGAGUCGCGGCCGCCGGACAGGGACAAGAAACGGCCGUUCCUGAAGAAGAUCGGUAUAUCGAUGACGGAGGACAAGCCGUUCCUCGCGAUGAUCGCGCCGAAGAUCAUCGGCAAGCCUUACUUGAAGAAGAUCGGGCCCAGCGAGGCCGUGGAGCGGCCGUUUCUGGACAAGAUCGGCUCGUCGAAGACCUUGGACAAGUUCGUCUUCGACACGCCGCGACGCGACAAGAGGCCGGUGACCAGGAGCGAGACGCUCAGGGACGAGGGGAAGAGGCUCGCGAUCAGUCUAGGCCUGAAGACGCUGAGGGAGCAGAAGUCGGUGGCCACGGCCGAGCCGUUCGCGGUCGAGAGGAAACGGUCCGGCAAGGGUCCUCUGUUGAAGAUGUACUCGUUCGAGACCGAGGACCUGGAGUCGACGCUUCAGGCGAAGAACAACAGAGACCCGAUGCGAGGCGCGUCCCUGGACGACGUGCUGGACUCGGGGCCGAGCUCUCUGCCUCUGGAGACGACGAUCGAGGAGACACCGAAGCCGGACGCGAAGGAGAAACCGCUGAACGGCGCCGAGCUGUUGAAGUGUCGCGUGACAACCAGCGAGGAGAUCAUCUUCUGCAACACGAGCUUCGGCUCGGACAAGGAGCCGAACAGCUGGGGCAGCUCGCCGAAGAAGAAACACCAGCCGAAGAAGGACGCGACCGCGCCGAGAACGCCCACCCACUAUAAAACUACCGCCGGCGGUUCUCAAGACGGCGACAGCGUGCCGAACUCGCCGACGAAACGGCCGAUCUCGAACGUCUCGUCGGAUCGCGGUGAAACGUCGCGGCCCGGCUCCUCGCAGCGGGGCGUGUACUCCCCGAUGAAGAUCAGGAGGCAGACGUUCGAGGACAUAGUGGACAGAAACGGCAAGGGCGAGGAGACCGGCGGGAAGUUCGGUAAGCAGGCGCAGUUCGAGCGACGGGGCAUCUCGUCGGACAACCUGCUGUCGAAGGAUCGAUCCGUGUCCGGUUUUCAGGCGAGAGAUCCGAUCGAGAAGAGCAGGGAGGCGUCGUCGGCGGACUCGCUGGCCCAACGUGUGGGCCCGGAGUACAGUAAAGAGACGUUCAAGCAGCUGCAGGACAAGUUCGAGCGGCACGAGGCUCCGAUCGAGACGUACGCGGACUUCAAGCGGCGCACCCGUGGGAACGUUCAGAGCACGAUCCUGAGGCAACACGAGAGAUCGAGGAUCGAUCUGCCGAUGGAGACUCGGGACGAGGACACGAAGGACGCCGAGGUUAAAACGGACGAGAAAUCGGAGGCGCCAGGGUCGCCGGCGAAGGACGCGGUUUCGGCCUGGGAAGGUAGGAACGAGAGCGUUCGAAGCACCGUGAGGUCCGUGCUGAAGAAACAACAAGGCAUCGAUCAUCCCAGCGACCAAGAGGACAACAGCGCGCCUGUGAGACGCCCGAAGCGGCGAAUCGUCCACGAGCCUUCCCAGGAGACCAUGGACCUGUUGACGGAACUGCGGAAGGUGAAAAGUCAGCUGAGAACCCCGUCGCAGGAGAAGGAUCUGGAGCUCGAUAAAACGCCGGCCCGUCAGCCUAGACGUAUAUUGUUGACCGACAAGGAGUUCUGUCUGUCCGUCGAGAGGGAGAACAGCGUGCGGCGUCCGUCGCGUGUUUUGAACUCGUUGGUUAGAACGGAGGAAGGCUACGUGGACGAGAAACACCGUGACGCUGAGAAAGCUGGCAAAGAUGAGACCGACGCGAAGAUUCCUGGACCAGCUCUGUUCGAGAAGAAGUGUCUCUCGUUGGACUACGCCGACGAGGAGAAGCCGCAGAAGCCGGAAGCCAGAGCCAUCUCCUUGGCCUCCGCCAGGGAUUUACCUUCGGGCAUCGAGGAGAUGAGGGACUACUCCGACCUGGCGUUGUACUGCGACACGAAGAGUUGUUCUUCGGAUGUUUUCAACAGUCCCAGCGUGGAGGAGGUCGAGACGAACGAGCGCGGUAACGAUCCGGUGAAGGAGGUCGAGUCGAACGGGCGCGGCAGCGAUCCGGCGAAGGAUGUCGGCAACAACACCGAGUCGAACCAUUACGCGGAGGUCGAUAUUGCGAUUCCUAUCGAUCAGAAGGUGAACAGUCCGAAAGGUAGGGUUCAGGUGCAAGGGAGAACGAGCGAUCUGUACGAGAUCAUAUCCCCGAGAUCAACGCCUUUCCGAGCGAAGAAACGGCUCGGAAAGAUCUCCGUCGAGGAGACGGUCAAGCCGGAGAGUUUCACCCUAGGUUCAAAGGUCGACUGCCGAUCAACCGUUGCACAGAAACGGACCAAGUGCUUCCCUUUAUAACGCAUGCCGACCUGCCGGUGGGCGAAACACUCUCUGUGACGACGUUUUGCCUGCUUUUGCUCUGGCAGAAGUCCAGACCGAGCGUACAGGCGGAUUUAAUAGCAAUCUAUUCGAACCCUUCCUUCGAAAAUCCGUUUAGAUGCGAUCAGAGUACUUCGCAUCGUGGAGGUUUACGCUUUUCGUUGCGUUCAUAUCGUUGCAUCGCGUAUUCUGCUAAUUGUUGACGCGGUAGGGUGAGUGUGGGCGUUACUGCGGACGUCCCGAAUACUGCGGUGUUCUAGAAAAAUAAUCAAAUCUAACAUUUCAUAGUGUGUAAUUUUCUAAAAAUGAAUCUCAUCAUUUUUCAUGCGUUUAAGAUUGAUGAUUUGUGACACACGAGUAACAACAAUCGUAAUUUUAAUUCAUUCAGCGAGUUUUGAUAUUCGGAAGCUUAUGAAAACGUCGAGUCUUAUAAAAUACUUGUAAUACUGUGAACGUUGAUUCGAGUUAUGUGUUUUGGUAAUUGAUAAUAAGCUAUUUGUUUUUGCUAUUUAAUUCUAAUAAUAAUAAGCUAUUUAUUUUUAGAUAAAGUAAUCGUUGCUUUGAUAAAAUAUUGACGUACACUGUCACUAUCAUCUAACCUCAAAUAUUAUUUACCAACGCUACUAUGCGUGUACGUGCAUUACUGCGGUGAUUUACCGAACUACGUACCAUAACCUAUACAGUGCAGUUCUCGACGAGCCGGUGCGAGCAGUGGGAAUAUCUUGAUCCUAAGAAUCAUAGUCGUGCGUGUACAUUUAAAAGAAAGUGGAUUAUGUCAACUUUGACGCGCGGUAAUCUCAACGUCCGCAGUAUUCGGCUCGCAGUAAUAAGUACAUAACCUAAGUAACAGAUACAUAUGCACAUGGUUUUCUUUACAUCACGCUUUUUAACGAAAUCUGUGCUUUCAAACAUGCAAUAUUUUCAGAAGAUUAAAUAUUCAAGUUAAAGAAUAACAGCUAUAGCUUAAGUUGUCAAUUUAUUGGCAUGAAAGGUCUUAUUUUCUCUGUCAAAAUUCGCCUUCGUUGAGAAACCGCAAUAAUACCUACACUUACCGCCUACCAUUUUUGUCUCUAAUUUCCUAGAAAUUAUAUAUUUAUUAUUUGCGACGA